GCAUGCGCAGUGGCCGCCUGCGGCUGCCGCCGAGGUGUACCUCAUCCGGGUCCUUGGCGCGACGGUUCGCCCAUGGCGACGGUGGCGGAGCUGAAAGCAGUUUUAAAGGACACAUUGGAAAAAAGAGGUGCUCUUGGACAAAUAAAAGCAAGGAUCAGAGCUGAAGUUUUUAAUGCACUGGAUGACCAAAGUGAACCACGACCACCACUGUCUCAUGAAAAUCUCUUAAUCAAUGAACUAAUUCGUGAAUAUCUGGAAUAUAACAAGUAUAAAUAUGCAUCAUCUGUUUUAACUGCAGAAUCUGGCCAGCCUGAAGUGCCCUUGGAUAGACAGUUUCUUGCCAAAGAGCUGAACAUAGUGGAAGACGCAAAUGGAAAAUCAGUCAGACCUCUCCUAUAUGGAAUUGUCUCUCAUUUCUUACAUGGUGGUAAAGAAGGAAGUACCCAGAAUACCCUUGCAAAAGUGCUGCAUUAUCCAAAGCAGAACCUUGGCAAACAACCUGCAGAGAGAAAUCAAAAAGAUAGAAUUCCAGAACCAGGAAGGAUGGCUGGCAUAAGCAUCGAAGAGCCCCUUGUUUUACAAAGUAUAAACAGAUGAUAUCUGUCAUAUGCUAAUUUCUCAUGUGAAGUUCUAUAAGAGUUAAUUUAGGAAAUCCUUCUUUGCAUAAAUUUCCCCAGUAUGUCCAGUGGGACCAUUUCAGCUUGUUAGAGGUACCCCUGGGAGGGGAUGAUGGGGUCAUACUGUCCAUGAAAAAAUAAUGUUAGCAAAGGCUGUCUUCCUCCCCGGCUGACAGAAGGAAAGUUGUACAUGAAGCCAGGUUAGUGAAGCCUGUGUCUAGAACUAGGCCUAACAACACUGGUUUUACUUCAUAAAAUUUAUCAGAUAACUUAUAAUUUCUGCACUUUCCUUUCCUUAUUAUGUCUUUGUGCGUCUUUCCUGUGUUUCUGAAUAAAAUUUUUCAUUUUUGUUC